UCUAGAACUGGGAACUAUUACAGCUGAUCAACUCCAACUUUAAAAUGUGGUACGAUUUACUUUCAGUGGUGCUCCUAAUAAGUACAACUCAAGCUCAAAGUAGUAAUGUCGAAGGGAAUUAUGACUUGGAGAUGAUCGAGUUUAUGGACAUGGUGCCAGAUCCCGAUGGACCAAUAGAUUUUAUUUUGCGCAGCUCCUUUCAGGAGGAACCCGAUGAUCUAUUGGCGACUCUAGAGGCUGAUGAGUACAAGGACGCCGAGCACUGUGAAUGGAAUAAAUGUGACAAUGAUCUGAGUAAACCAAGCGGAAUUGGAAGAUUUCUAGAUCUGGCAUUUUUGAAGAAGAUUUUCCACAAUCUGAAUCCCUUCGCUAAUGCCAAUCAUCGCAUGUUCUUCUACCUAUUUCGACGCGAGUCCCCCGAAUGUGGUAGACAGUUGGAUUUCAAUAAUAAGAGAAAAUGGCAACACGCUGGAUUUAACAGUUCUCUGCCCACAAGGAUCAUCAUACACGGUUGGAUGAGUCAGUCAAGGGGUUCCUUUAAUCGGGAUGUGAAGAACGAAUAUUUGAAGCGUGGAGAUUACAAUGUCAUCGUUGUCGACUGGAGCUCUACUUCUGCGAACAUCAAUUACUUCUCGGUGGUCAAAACAAUCGAGGAGUUUGGUGCCCAGCUCGCUCAGUUCACCCGGCAACUGAACCGUCGAUUUGGAGCCAGCUUUGAUGAUAUGUAUCUGAUUGGACAUUCGUUGGGAGCUCAGAUUGCCGGAUCUGCCGGCAAGCGAAUUAAACCGGAGCAAUAUAAUACCAUCUUUGCCUUGGAUCCGGCGGGACCAAAGUUUCGUCAUCGCAGCCCCGAGUUUCGCAUUGAUCCCAGUGAUGCCAAGUAUGUGGAGUCCAUGCACACCAGCGGUAACUUUGGCUUCCUAGGGCCCACAGGUAGCGCCACCUUCUAUCCCAACUAUGGUCUCUAUCAGCGCAACUGUUUCUACCUGGGCUGCUCCCACAUUCGAGCCUAUCAGAUGUUUGCCGAGUCUAUCAAUUCGCCGGAAGGAUUUUGGGGUACUCCCUGCACUCGAGACAGUGGCAAGUGGCAGUGUGACCAGACUCAUCGACAAGCAUAUCAAAUGGGCGGUGAGCCCUCCAUCGAGAAGAAGGGUAUUUACUAUGUGAAGACCUCGUCUGGUGAACCUUUCGCUCUGGGCAGACGUUAGGGAUCCCCUAGAAUAGGGUCUAAUUCUGAAAUACUCUAUAGUUCUUAUGUUAUUUAAGCAUGAUGUUUAAUUCACUCUCAGAAUUAUCCUAUAUAUCAUAAGUAUUUUUAUGAUUUUAUAACUUAUGAUUCAUUUUGCAAGAAUUUCAGAGUUUGAAACUCAUAUAAGUCCUGUAUAUUUCACUGAGCUUAAAGCUUUCGUUUUAUAUGAAACUUAAAGCUUUCUUAACACUGUGAUAAGUAUUUUUAAAAGAUUAUCUAA